GAUUGAAAAAGAAGUAAAAAUCAAAUAAGACACAAAAUUAAAAUUAUAUAAUAAAUGCUUUCUAUUUUUAAAAAUAAAUUUUAAAAUUUAUUACAUUACACUUUUUCAUCUAAAUCAUAUUAUGAUUGUAUGGACUUAUCUUCAAAAUAAACUUUUUAUCAUAAAGAUUUAUCUAUAAACCGUUCUUAAUUCUCCAAAUAACUUCCUGAAUUAAACCCAGAAAAAAUGAGAUUCGGUGCUUUUCAUACUGAACAUAUGCUAACAAUAGAUUUUGAUUAAUCAACUGGUUGGUAAAAACCUAUUAUACAUCCAUUUGAGCAUAUUUAAAUGCAUCCUUUUUGCUCUUCUAUUCAUUAUGCUAUAUAAUGUUUUGAAGGAACUAAAGCUUUUAAAGGUACAGACGGAAAAAUACGUAUGUUUAGAUCUGAUGCGAAUAUGUUCCGUCUAAAAAAUUCUAUGAAAUCUUUAUCAUUACCUGAUUUUGAUGGAAAGGAGUUUCUUAAAUGUAUUAAAGAUUUAGUCAAAGUAGAUGAAAGAUGGGUCCCCAACAAACGUGGAUUCUCAUUGUAUAUAAGACCUACUGGAAUUUCUAUGGAUGAAAAAUUAGGAGUAAGAGCUCCUGAUAAAGCCAAGCUUUUUUGUGUUUUUUCACCUGUUGGCCCUUAUUAUCCUUCAGGAUUUAAACCAAUAAAAUUAUAUUGUGAACCUAAAAGAAUUAGAGCAGCUCCAGGAGGUACAGGAAAUUUGAAAAUCGGAGGUAAUUAUGGUCCUACUAUUCCAAUUAGUUAAUAAGCUGAAGAAAAAGGGUAUUAAUAAGUGCUUUGGUUAUGGGAAGAUAAGUAAUGUUUUUUAGAAAAUUAUUUUUUAUUUAAAAAAAGUCUUCUUGAAGUUGGUACAUCUAAUAUAUUUUUCCUUUGGUUUAAUGAAUAAGGAGAAAAAGAAUUAAUAACGCCUUAUUUAGAUGAAGGAACUAUAUUACCAGGUGUUAUUAGAGACACAAUAUUAAAAUUAACUAAAUCAUGGGGAGAAUUUAAAGUUACAGAAAGAAAUAUAAAAAUAUAUGAAAUUACUAAGGCAGUUAAAGAAGAUAGAAUUAUUGAGUCUUUUGGAUGUGGUACUGCCGUUAUCGUUUGUCCGAUUGAAUAGUUUUACUAUAAUGGAGAUACAUAUAAAAUAAAAAUAAACAAAGAAUUAGGUGCAGGUGAAUUAGCUUAUAGACUAAAUACCACAAUUUAAAAUAUUUAGUAUGGAGAUGUUGAACACGAAUGGGCUUAAAUAGUAGAAUGAAUGAGUUUAAUGAAAAAUUAAUAAUGUUUCGUUAUAAUAAAUUUAUUAAAUUAUGUAUUAAAUAAUAAUAAAAC